CUUUUGAAAAGAAGUGAAAUACCACUGAUUGAAAAUCACGUGUUUCCUCGUGUUGACAAACAAAGAUUGAUACCUCGCUGGAUUGAUGACGUUCAUACUUCAUUUUCGAGUCAGUGUUUCAUUUUCAAACAUGCAAUUCUCCUGAAAUUUACUUACUUUUUUCUAUUGAUUGUCUCAGAAACUAAUUAACAGUGGGUGGUCCACAAUGUCAAGAUUGCCUCUUAAAACUAGCUGCGCUUUAUUGGCUACAACUGCCGGAUUUCUGGCAUACAAAUAUAUCACUUCGAAAGUCACUAAACUAUCAAAAUGUAUUGUCAUUGAAAAUGUUGAAGACUGGAACCGUCAUGAAUCUGAGAUUAUUUCAGUUUUAAAACAUUCCAAAGUCAUUGGAUUAGAUUGUGAAUGGGUGAACGAUGAAGGAAGGAGAAAUUCAGUUUCAUUGCUACAAUUAGCCAACAACUCAGGUUAUUGUAUACUCAUACGAUUAUGUUGUUUGCCGGUAUGGCUUAUACCUGAAGGAAUCAGCAAUAUUUUAUUGAAUGAAAACAUUUUGAAAGUGGGUGUGGGAAUAUAUGAUGACGCAAACAAAUUGUUUGAAGACUAUGGCCUUGAAGUCAGAGGAUUCAUUGACUUACGGUUUUUAGCUAAUGAUUUAGAGGAAUUGCGAGAGAAGAAUUUGGGGUUAAAAAGCCUAAGCCACGAAUUGUUGAAUAUAGAUCUAAAUAAAAGCAAACGCUUACGAUGUAGUGAUUGGGAUGCACCUGAAUUAACUGAUGAGCAAAUUAAAUAUGCAUCUGAAGAUGUAAUUGUUGCUGCUCAAAUUUUCUUCGAAAUAAAAAAGAGAAAAACAGGAUGGUUUUCAAUUUCAACUUGGAAUUUCAUAAAAGAAAUUACUUCAUAUAUGAAUUUACAGUUCAAGCAGAAAUAUGUUAACAGCGGUGAUAAAUCUAGUUCUUCUCGACCCGCCCUGCCUUCGCGGUCUAAUAAAAGUCGCUACAGCAAGCCACGCCAGAAGCCUAUGUAUGACAAUUGCCAACUUGUGGCACCAGAUGGUGAGAUACUUUGCAGUUGUGAUAAAGGUAAAGCUGAAUGGUACGUCAUGAAAGGUUUGGGUGAGGUGGUAUGUCAAGAACCAUUUACAGUGCGACUGAACUUUGAACCUUCUGGUAGACCUACAUUAGACAAUAUAUUUUAUACAAAAGAGAAAUCAAAUUGUUGCGUUGUCUGUGGUAAAGCUGAUCAGUUUCAUCGCAAACUAGUCAUACCAUCUGAAUACCGUAAAUUUUUUCCUAAUUUAAUGAAGAAAAAUUUAUCUCAUGACGUAAUAUUAUUGUGUGUGAACUGUCAUAAAAGAAGCAAUAUUAUAGAUCAGACAAUGAGGCAAAAAUUAGCUGACCUAUGUGAUGCACCCCUUGGCUGUAGAAAAAAUGUAAAAUUUAAAAGUAAUCCAGAAUUAAUCCGUGUUAAGUCUGCAGCUACUGCUAUAUAUAGAGCAAAUGAUAAACUCCCAGAAACUCGUAGAACUCAGUUAGAACAGACUAUUAAAGACUAUUUUAAAGUAUCAACUGUAGAUGAAGAUACGCUAGCAGAAGCUCUGAAUGUUGAUGUUAAUAUGCCUAAUGAUGCUUAUAUUGCACAUGGGCAGAAAGUAUAUGAAUAUUUUUGCAAAAAUGGAGGUCUGAUGGAAUUUGAAAGGAUGUGGAGGCAACAUUUUUUAGAUACAAUGCAACCAAAAUAUUUACCUUCUAUGUGGUCUAUAGAUCACAAUCACAAAAGGCUAGCAAUGCAAGUAAUCAAUCAUGAAAGGGAAAUUGACUUUGAUACUUCAAUUUUGGGAAUAAACUCUGAGUUAAUAGAAGAGAUUAAAUCUGAAACUAGCAAACAGACAUAAAUUUUUAAGUAUUUUGUUAACAAAUUUAAAAAUGACUACUAUUAAUCAAUAUUAAUUCAUUGAAAGUUAGACCUGUUAGAAAUUAUUAUUUCUGCUAAGGAAUAUGCAACAUAUACAAAAUAACAAUUUAAAUUUCUAAAUUUUUUUGUUAUAUUUUCGAUUUUUAAAAAAAAAGUAUUUCUACCUUGUGAGUGAUUUAUUAUGCUACGAAGACUUCUUAGCGACAAUUUACAUUUUUAAUGGUCACUCAGUAUAACAUUUGGUUACAUAUUCUUGUUAAAUUAUAUUUGGUAACAUAUUCUUGUUAAAUUAUAUUAAGUUAUUAUGUAUUUAUGUUAUUUGUUUCUUGCAGUUUUCACUAUAAAAUAGGUGAAUUUUUUAUUUCUGUACUAAUUAUCUAAAAUGUUAAUGUACAAAUAGGACCUGAGCAUGAGAAGGGGUACUUGCCCAGGACUAAAUAUUAAUAUUGAAAAGAUUUCAAUUUAAGGUUUUUACAAUUUCAGUUUUACACUUUAUUAAAGUUUGUGCUUUGCUGACUCAUUCAA